AUGAUCGCUCAAACCGUCUUCGCUGCUGCUAUCGUCGCUUCAGUCUCCGCUGGCUGGGAAUCAAAGACCGGCUCAUGUAACACCGGCAAGAUCUCAUGCUGUGACACCAACAAGAAGGUCCAAAAGUCAACCGGUGAAGAAUCAGGUAUCCUCCACACUGGUGACAUCCUCGACCAAGUCGCCAUCCAAUGUACUCAAAUUCCAUUGGCCAUCGGUGUUGCCGUUGAAGACGAGUGCAAGAACACUCCUGUCUGUUGUGAAGAUGUCAAGGAAGACGGUCUCGUCGGUGUUGGCUGCACUCCAAUCCCACUCAUCUAA